AUGGAAGAGCCGAUAGUGGAACCCACCCGGGUGCUGGAACCCGCGGUGGUUGUCGAACAGACCGAAGGUAGAUGGAGCGAUGUCGUCAGAUAACGACUUCAUCCGGAAUGAGGAAUAUUUAUUUAUAUAUAUAUAUGAUAUUGAUUCGACCCGUGGCAUUUUCCUUUUUUGGUGAUCGUGGAGAAACCGGGGUGCAGAUCUGGGGUUGAUACUUUGGCUUUUGUUCUACUCAACUUAGGGAGGAGAAUAAGAAAGGACAACUCUGUGGAUAAGGGUUGGGCCUAGUGUUUGGGUUGGUUUUGGUGCAGAUGUGGAACAACUUUAUUUAACUUUUAGAAUGAAACAUCAGAAACUGUAGUGUGUGAGUGUGGAUGGGUUUGCAAAAAAGUGAAGUUGACUGACUAAUUGGUGCAUUAAUUAUGACAGACGGCAAUGGAAUAUUUUGUUGGGACUUACCGAGACAUAUUUUUAUAACUGUCACCGACAUUGACAUGAGCAGGUGCUGUGUGUCUGAAUGUGGUGCAUCUGCCUGUGUGAAUGGUUUGACCUAGCAUGAGGGUAGGGGACUUGCCACCUGUUCAUUCUUCCAUUGCCAUCUCUUCGAAUACAUUUAUAUUUUUACCCAUAGUGCUCUGUGUAAAGUGUCAGUAGCACCCAGAAUAACUAGCUACUCUACUGCUUUUGUCUUUUUGCCUCUCUCUGAGGACAAUCAUAGAUUGAUUUGGGCUUUUGCUUGAACAUUCAAACACUGAAUUAUAAUUCAGUUACUUGAAAACUCUAGGCCUAUGUUCAAUCCUCGUGAGGUUUGUGGCAUUCAUUUGGUUUUCAUGGUUUUUUUUAGGCAAUACUUUAUAUACCAUUUGCUUUUGUAAGUUGCAAAAAAGUGGUCAGUGGCUCAUGAGAUUUCUCCAUUCUUACCCAUUUUACUUCCCGUUUUUAUAUAUGAAUGCAAGAACAAAACAACAGAAUCCAAAGUAUUAUGGCACGGUGUAUCUCUUCUUUUAACUGCAAAGGCUUUCAGAUUUGGGUAACAUUUAGGCCUGUAUUUUGACCAUCUCACAACUCAAAUGGAACAAAUUGCAUUUGUGUGUAGCCGUUAUCCUGUACAGUAUUGGCUUCAGGUCUGACUCUUUUCUCUCUCCCACCAUUACAGAAGGCAAAGCACAGCUAGCCAGUAAGAAUGGCAAGAAGCCUGAGGGAGCAGGAGGAAGCUCCUUCUUCACCUGGUUCAUGGUGCUGGCCCUCCUGGGGGUCUGGACCUCCGUGGCCGUCGUCUAUUUCGACCUGGUCGACUACCAAGGCGUCAUCGGUAAGUGACACCUUCACAGGGAAAAACAACUGUUAACUGUAGGAAGGCUACAUUUCCUUCUAGCUACAGCAAGCAGUCUGUCAUAGUCUGUUGACAGAAUAUUCAGCCUUCACCCGUUACGAAUGUCAUUGGGGAAUAACUCAAAGUGAUACUGAGUUCUUUGAUGCAUUUUAACAUUAAACUUUCAACUUUUCAACCUUGACGUUGUUUUAUCUUUGGUGCAUGUGUACACAUGCUCUGAAUAUGCCUGUACACUAAUCAUGUUUGGAUUGAAGUUUAAAUAUUGUAAUAUCUCCAAUGUGAAUGUUUUUGUCUGGUCUUAAUCUUGCAUGCAGUCAAGGCAAAGGACAUGCACAUUACCCUCUCUGAGACACUGCAAGGUAUGAUAUUUGUGCCCAUGAUCAUUCCCCGAAAUAACAAUUUCACUCACUAACCCUCCUACCCUAAUUGAAAUAAUCAAUUUGUUUCCCAUACAUGUCGUCUAAUCACUUGCUUUUGGCUAAAUUCUUAUCGAAGAAAAUACGACUAAUUUUAAGUUUUGCAUUAGUCUUUUAUUAACAUGUUAUAGGAGAGACUUUACCUUCACACUGUAUUUCUAAUUAUUAAUACCAAUUAAAUAAGUUUCCACUGCCAUAGAUAUAUAAUGCAAUGUAAAUGAACAAAUGUAAUGCAAAGCUUUUUUUAUGCUGAGCUUAAUUUAUUAAAAAUUGUACUUAGCCACGCUAUGUUGUGAUUAAACCUCAUAAUUAAAAGUAAAUAAAUAUUGAAAUGCUAACAUGUAAGUCGCUCUGGAUAAGAGCGUCUGCUAAAUGACUAAAAUGUAAAUGUAAAUGUAAUGAUACUAUAAUGCUAAUGUGAUUUACCAGAAAUGCUAAUAUGAUCAUUUAAAAAAUUGCUCAUGAUAAUAUUUCUAAUGAAAAUUAACAGCAAUUUAACAAUGUAACUUCUGGAAAUGCAGAAAUGAAUGUUAAUGAUUAUCCUAAUAAUCAUGUAAGAAUAGUGGCAAUGAACAUGUUAUUAUAACUUAAAUGCUAUUGUGUCCCCCAUCCUGCUGCGAUUCAGUUGCAUAAUGUAUUAUCCCACCUCAUUUCACCAUUUCUUUGCUAGGUAAACUUUCGUCCUAUGACGCCGAUGGAGAUGGUGACUUCGAUGUGGAGGAUGCUAAAGUAUUGCUAGGUAAGUUCAUCGAUUUGACUGGAUUGUUAUUUAUUGACGUGUUCGUUUGAUAAUCAGAGGAGGCUGGUGGGAUGAGCUAUAGGAGGAUGGACUCAUUGUAAUGGCGGGAAUUUAAUUAAUGGAACGGAGUCCAAUGUGGUUUCCAUAUCUUUUUAUGUGUUUGAUACCGUUCCAUUUAUUCCAUUCCAGUCUUUACAAUGAGCCCAUCUUCCUAUAGCUCCUCCCACCAACUGAUUUGGGUUUUCUUUUGCAUGACUGACUUUGGCAUACCCGAUCUCUGCCACGAGACUAUUUUGGUCAAUUCUACCAAACAAACUGAACAAUGAAUCAACAAGGUCUGCAUGUGCAUGGUGUGAAAAGGUGUCUUGAGUUCGAUUCCAUGCUGACCGUUGCGUUUCAGGCCCACACAACUGACAUGACAUCUAUUUAUAUAUAAUAUGAAUAUAAUAUGCCAUUUAGCAGACGCUUUUAUCCAAAGCGACUUAGUAAUGCGUGUAUACAUUAUUAUUUUUUUGUGUAUGGGUGGUCCCGGGGAUCGAACCCACUACCUUAGCGUUACAAGCGCCGUGCUCUACCAGCUGAGCUACAGAGGACCACACAUUUAUCACUAGACAUGCGCCACAAUUAGCUCAGGGCCAAAGUGCUGCAUGCUUUAAGAAUAAUUUAACAAGGAAGUAGAUGUGGUGUUCUCAAAGUCGCUAGUCAUAUCUUAAAGUUGCUAUUUUCUUUCUAAACAAAAGGGAAAAACCUAGUUCAGGAGUGUUUUCUCCAAUGAGGUGGUCCCAUGUUCUGAUACCGUCUACCCUGCCGCUCUCUGCCAUAAAGACCACUGCCUGUCUGGCACAGCUGUUGUCCCCCUGCUGUUAGUGAUAUAUUCUGUAGAGUCCCUCUGCAUGCUCCCCUCUAGGCUAUGCUAUUGGUAUUCUCUCCUCUCUUUAGUCUCUAACUCUGCUUCAUGCGACCUUUGACCUACAUAGUUUCCCUUGCUGCCUAACCUCCUUUCCUCCUUUCUUCCUGCAUUUUUCUCCUCUUUCCUUUUCUCCCUUCCUCUCUUUCCUUGUUUUCCCCUCUGUUUGCGUAGGCCUGACCAAAGAUGGCAGUCAGGAAAGCUCGGACUCCCUCGAGGAGGUCCUGGAUAUGUUAGCGGAGGAGGGCUCUGAUUGGUUUCAAGGCUUCUUCACCUUCCUCUAUGGCCUCAUAAAUCCGUUUGAACCAUUUGAGGAUGAGGAGGAAGCAGCGGCUGAGGAGGAGGAAAGUGCUGGCACUUCUCAGACUGACGGGGUUCAGGGCAAGGGUUAUGUGAUCUUAGGUCUCCACAACCAGUAGCCAUAUCCCCCUUGGCAUGAGGUCCCAACUUGUUGCUCCUUUAGACUUGUUUCCAAUUGCUUGAGGAGCAAGCGUUUGUGGAAAACCCCUCCUUAAAAUCACCAAUCCCUAGUAGAAUACUUUUUAAAGGAUUUAAUCAUGGCACGGUUGACCCCUCAAGUCUCUUUUUGAAGAUUUCCUAUGGUUGGACGAAGACUGAAUAAUGCUUUUUUAGGAUACAGUUGAAGUCGGAAGUUUACAUACACCUUAGCCAAAUACAUUUAAACUCAGUUUUUCACAAUUCCUGACAUUUAAUCCUAGUAAAGAUUCCCUGUUUUAGGUCAGUUAAGAUCACCACUUUAUUUUAAGAAUGUGAAAUGUCAGAAUAAUAGUAGAGAGAAUGAUUUAUUUAUUUCAGCUUUUAUUUAUUUCAUCACAUUCCCAGUGGGUCAGAAGUUUACAUACACUCAAUUAGUAUUUGGUUGCAUUGCCUUUAAAUUGUUUAACUUGGGCCAAACGUUUCGGGUAGCCUUCCACAAGCUUCCCACAAUAAGUUGGGUGAAUUUUGGCCCAUUCCUCCUGACAGAGCUGGUGUAACUGAGUCCUUGCUCGCACAUGCUUUUUCAGUUCUGCCCACACAUUUACUAUAGGAUUGAGGUCAGGGCUUUGUGAUGGCCACUCCAAUACCUUGACUUUGUUGUCCUUUAGCCAUUUUGCCACAACUUUGGAAGUAUGCUUGGGGUCAUUGUCCAUGUGAAAGACCCAUUUGCGACCAAUCUUUAACUUCCUGACUGAUGUCUUGAGAUGUUGCUUCAAUAUAUCCACAUAAUUUUCCUUCCUCAUGAUGCCAUCUAUUUUGUGAAGUGCACCAGUCCCUCCUGCAGCAAAGCACCCCCACAGCAUGAUGCUGCCACCCCUGUACUUCCCGGUUGGGUUAGUGUUCUUCAGCUUUCAAGCAUUCCCCUUUUUCCUCCAAACAUAACGAUGGUCAAACAGUUCUAUUUUUGUUUCAUCAGACCAGAGGACAUUUCUCCAAAAAGUAUGAUAUUUGUCCCCAUGUGCAGUUGCAAACCGUAGUCUGGCUUUUUUAUGGCGGUUUUGGAGCAGUGGCUUCUUCCUUGCUGAGCGGUCUUUCAGGUUAUGUCGAUAUAGGACUCGUUUUACUGUGGAUAUAGAUACUUUUGUACCUGUUUCCUCCAGCAUCUUCACAAGGUCCUUUGCUGCUGUUCUGGGAUUGAUUUGCACUUUUCGCACCAAAGUACGUUAAUCUCUAGGAGACAGAACGCGUCUCCUUCCUGAGCGGUAUGACGGCUGCGUGGUCCCACUGUGUUUAUAGUUCUUGGCUGAUUUAUUUUGAUUUUCCCAUGAUGUCAAGCAAAGAGCUACUGAGUUUGAUGGUAGGCCUUGAAAUACAUCCACAGGUACACCUCCAAUUGACUAAAAUGAUGUCAAUUAGCCUAUCAGAAGCUUCUAAAGCCAUGACAUCAUUUUCUGGAUUUCUGUUUAAAGGCACAGUCAACUUAGUGUAUGUAAACUUCUGACCCACUGGAAUUGUGAUACAGUGAAGUAUAGGUGAAAUAAUCUGUCUGUAAACAAUUGUUGGAAAAAUUACUUGUCAUGAACAAAGUAGAUGUCCUAACCGACUUUCCAAAACUAUAGUUUGUUAACAAGACAUUUGUGGAGUUGUUGAAAAACAAGUUUUAAUUGACUCCAACCUAAGUGUAUGUAAACUUCCGACUUCAACUGUAUGUGCAUUUCCAAUUUAUGCAAUGAACAGUUACACUUGGACAACAGAUCGGUUUUUGAAGGGUAUUUUUUAAGACUUUAUCAGUGAAGCAUUCCCUCGUUAUGGUAUUUCUUUGUCUCUUGUCCGUGUUAGGAAUACUAUUAAUGUUCCAUGUUUGUUGGUUUUUAAACGUAUUCAGGUCAGCUAUUUGUCCCCGUCUUUCCAUUUUUGUCUUCGUCAUCCAUUUGUUAAACAAAAUAAAAACGUGUUUUUCAGGUUAUUUAUUGGCUACGGCUUAUAAGUGGUUUUUGUGAAUGUUGUUUUUUACUUGCAUGGAUAAGUAGUGCAUUUUUUAUAUAUUGGCCAAAUGACAAGAGAUGGUCAUUUACUCUUAGAUAUUUAGAGACCGGCUUGAUGGAGGACUUAUUCCACAGGUGUUAAUCAUUUCUCGUUAGCUGUCAACUUUUGUUAAGCAAACACCUUGAGAAACUAGCUUUCGGCUGUUCCAUAAACCAAUUGUCUAGAAGUCCUAAAACAGGGAUAUUAAAUAUGAUGUUGCGUAUUUAGCCCAAGAUGGUUUUGGAAAAACGUGUUCCCUGAUGUGGAGGAUUCUGAAUGGCUAAUAUGAGUUCAAGGACAUUUACCGAAUUCCACACCUCAUGGACAUUUUACCUGAUUUGAGACACGGAAGAUAUGGCAUCAUCCUCAUCUCAAUCCCAACGUCAUAACCACAACCCCAGAUCUCUGAAACGGGUCAGUGCUGACUCCCACUCGCCCUAAAGACACUCACCCAGCUAGCUUAAUCUUUAAACGCUAAACAUUGUAGCCUAUAGGUGGAACUCUAGAACUGCAGAGUGAAGUUCCAGUCAUUUGUAAUGUAUGGUAAAAAAUGUGUCAUCUAUGACAACAUUGAACACUUUUUAUUUUUUUUGGUAAGCAAACACAGGCUUCUAGUAAGUAUUAGCAAACACAAAUGUCUGGCACAAAGGGUACAAGGAAUAGUGCUGUUAAAGAUGCAAGAAACCUGCUGAACAAGCUGUUGGUUGGAGCCCAUUCAGAUGUCAUAUUGGCUUCAAUCAUUUAGACUUCACUUGGUGCUCAAGUACAAUGACUGAGCAACGACAGUAUCGCUACAUAGCAGGUUCAACUGGUGAGGUUAAUGUUCUCAAGUUAAAGGAAGUCGGUGGCUGUUGACAAACAAUUUGAAUAGAGUAGUCUUGACCAAUUAGGGAAGGCAUUGGUAAAGUGUGUGUGGGGGGGGGGCAUUGUGCUGAUUGUGGACUACCAUCUAUUGUUUUAGUUGGUCUUUGGCACUGUUGACGAAAGGGUCAACAAUCCUCAAAUGGCAUGAAUAUGAAUCCAAAUGUAUUGGUUAGGUGUAAAAUUCCUUAUACAGUCAUGUUACACUCACGUGGUCGUCAGUUUUGCAUACUCCUACAAGUAAUGGAAUGAAACCAUCAGAAUAGGAGGUAUGGGUAAGCACUAUGCAAUCGUGAUUGUGUGGUAGCAUGUGUUGCCUAUGAGAUGUAGCAUGGGCAUGUUUUGAGUUGUCAAAUAUUCUGAAUAUUGUUUUUAAUGGUUACUGGAUUGUUAGCUUCUAAUGCCAUGUUCCUUUUGAAAAAUAUCAGAUGAACCUCGACGCGAUCGGAAAAGAGUGAGACACAGAGGUACUUUACCUGCUCCCCCCCCCCCCCCCCCCCCAUUCUCUCUGCUGAGAGUAAAACCUCAAGAAGCUCUGAGUAGCCGACUCUGCCAAAUGUCUCCUUUAGAUGCGUGUCAUUAGAUGCAUGGCAUUACAUUCAUGGAAAGCUGGGCUGCUAGUUAGAGAACCUGGAUAUCUUAACAUUGCUAAGUUAGUGAUGAUUUCUUCCAGUAGUCAUUGUUUUUUCUUUUCUUAGUCGACUUAGUUGAAACAGAAUCUCCAAAAACAAAGGUCAAGAAAAAUAAGGCGACAGAAGGUACUUUGUCGUGGAUCAAUGUCCAGAUUGCUUUGUAGGUUGUCUAGUUGUAGCAUUUUGUCAGCUUUUCCAUGUUGUCAAUGUGCACAUUUUUGUAAAUGUUUUUGUUUUUUUGCCUAUAACUCAGACACUAUGUUUGAGGUCUGGCUCAUUUUGUUUUUAAUUCAUACUGACUUUGCCCCUAAAUUGUGACCACCCCCAGCUGCUAUGGUCCAAGUAGAUCCUGUCCACAAAUUACUCUUAAUACUCUGAAAGCUGUAUGUCAAAGGCUUUACUAUUAGAUUGUGAGAGAAAAGCUUAGCCCUGCUGGAUAAUAAAUAGUUGCCUGUGUGUAAGCUUGCCAAUGGUGUCAAUGAAAGCUGAGUGGGGUACAAUACUUCCCUCUAUCUGUUAUUGGUUGAGCUUGGUUUUGUUCUGUUGUAACAGUUGCUCUCCCGUACUAUGGGUAGGCUCUUCGAUUUGGCUGUUCCUAUUGGUGGUUGAGCACCAAGCAGAUACACCUGUCUAACUGAGACUAUAACUGUAUGUAACUUUUUGUUUUCCUAAACCUCAGAUGAAAAGCCAGGACAUGUUGCCAAGAGAGAAGCCCAAAAAGGUAUUGCAUGAGGAACGGUGUGGGUUCCAGUGUACAGUAGACUUUGAGCUAAAAAGGUCUUGCUUACUUUAGUUCUAAUAACCAUAUUGUGGUCUUUAGAAUUUGUAUUUACUAGUAGAAUGAAGUUUGAAUUUAUGAAAAAUAAUGGCUAUGUUUCUUGGCAUAAAAGUUUGAAUUGAUUUUUAGUCGCAUGCUUUAUUUGACUACCGCUUUUGUUGUAAUAGGGUUUUGGUAUGAAAUAAUUGAAAUUCACCUUGUCAGUGGUGUGCUGGGUGUUAUAUUGGACAACAUCAUAUAACUGUUGGACUAACUGAAUCCCAUCUGUGUAGUAAGAUGCGUCAGACCAUGGCCCUAUACACCUUUACAUUUUGACAGGGUAAAUUGUAACGAAACCUUUCUAAAGUGCAGAAAGAUGCCACUUGCUGUUAUCCUAACACUCCCAGUCAGCAAAUCCAAAUACCCAGGGUGCUUUGCAACCUACUAAAUGCUUGGAGUGUGGUCAGAAAAAUGCUUGCAGUGUGACCCUAGCAGCCUGGCGACUAAAAAAAAACGGUCAAAGCAGCUAAACAGUAUUCUCGUAUCCCAGAACACCCUCUGACCAAAGACGUGGGCUGGAAGCUGAGGGAGGCACUAAAACAGCAGCUAGCCAUCAUCCAUGAGCGAGUGGAAGCCAAAAAGAUUGCCAAGAUGGCGCUGGCCGAGGUGAGGAACAUCCUGGCCAGGGAGGAGGAAGAGAAGGUCCUGGGGGUGACGAGGGAUGAGUCGGCAAAGAAGGCCAAGGUGGCGGUAGCAGCUAGGAUGAAGGAGGAGGAGGAGAAGAUAGAGAAGGAGGAGUUUGAGAAGGCCUUGGAGAAGAUUAGGAGAGACAAAGAGCAGGAGGAGGAGAAGGGCAAGAAACAUAAGAAGGAGAAGAAGCCAGAGAAGAAGUCGGGGAAAGAGGCAGAGGCGGUGGGUCAGAAGGCAGAGGCCCCAAAAGAGGCCAAAAGUAAAGAGGCCCCCAAAGCUUCUGCUAAAAAGCUCAAGGUGUCUGAUAAGGGGGUCAGGAAAUGA